GGGUCCCUGUGCUCAUUUUUGGGGUCCCGGGGCCGUUUCUCCCCAGCUCGGCGGGGGUGGAGCAGCUGAUGUACAUCAAGGAGGAUCUGAUCAUCCCCCACCACCACAGCUUCUACGACUUCAUCGUCACCAAGGCCCGCGGGAAGAGCGGGCCCCUCUUCAACUUCGACGUCCACGACGACGUCCGGCUGCUGAGCGACGCCACCGUGGAGAAGGACGAGUCGCACGCGGGGAAGGUCGUCCUGCGCUCGUGGUACGAGAAGAACAAACACAUCUUCCCCGCCAGCCGCUGGGAGCCCUUCGACCCCGAGAAGCGCUGGGACAAGUACACGAUCCGCUGAAGCCGAAGGACCCCGGAGCCCCCUGGGUGGGGGAGGGGCUGAGCCCGCCCCUCCCCCCAUCCCCCCCAUCCCCCCCAUC